AUGGACCUUUCCAGACCCAGACGGAGCCUGUGGAGGAGGCUCUUCCUCGUGGCCAGUCUGCUGGCCUGUGGGAUCUGCCAGGCCUCUGGCCAAAUCUUCAUCACCCAAACCCUGGGGAUCAAGGGAUAUCGGACUGUCCUGGCCCUGGAUAACGUCCCUGAGAAUGUUCAGGAAUACAGCUGGUACCGGGGUGCAAACGACAGCGUGGGAAACAUGAUUAUCAGCUACAAACCGCCCAAUGCCCAGCAGCCUGGGCCCAUGUACACUGGCAGGGAGAGAGUGAACAGAGAAGGCAGCCUGUUGAUCAGGCCGACUGCAUUAAAUGACACGGGAAACUACACUGUUCGGGUGGUUGCAGGCAAUGAGACCCAAAGAGCAACCGGCUGGCUGGAGGUUCUAGAGUUGGGAAGCAAUCCGGGCAUCUCCGUCAAUGCCAAGGUCCUGGUGGAGAACAUGGAUUCCGUGGCUGCCGACUGCCACACAAAUGUCACCAACAUCACGUGGUAUGUGAACGACGUGCCUACCUCUGGCAGUGACCGGAUGACAAUUUCCCUGGACAGAAAGACCCUCGUCAUCCACAGGGUCAGCCGCUAUGACAGAACACUUCAGUGUGUGAUAGAGAGUUUCCCAGAGAUCUUUCAGAGAAGUGAACGCAUCUCUCUGACUGUGGCCUAUGGGCCCGACUAUGUGCUGCUGAGGAGCAAUCCUGAUGAUUUCAACGGCAUUGUGACAGCUGAGAUCGGCUCCCAAGUGGAAAUGGAGUGUAUCUGCUAUUCUUUCCCGGAUCAGUACCACUGGAUCCACAACAGCUCCCUUCUGAACUUCUCAGAUGCAAAGAUGAACCUCUCGAGUCUUGCCUGGGAGCAGAUGGGCCGUUACCGAUGCAUUGUGGAGAACCCCGUGACAGAACUGAUCAUGUACACGGACGUCAGGAUCCAGGCCCCCCGUGAGGAUCUUACCUGUUGCCCACAGAGAUUUCUCCAUCUCGGGAUCCACAGUGAUGUUCCUCAUCAUGCUGACAGUGCUGGGUGGUGUCUACCUCUGUGGAGUCCUGAUCCAUGCUCUGAUCAACCACUACUCAAUCAGGACAAAUCGCGCUCCAUGAGUGUCCACCUCAGACCUGAGGACAAGACCAGAAGGGCAAGCAGGUGA